AUGCGGCCAGGCGCCGUCGCUCCCAAAGGGGGGCGCUUCUCGACGGUCCCAGAGCCUGCUGCCCCCUUCUCCUUUCUUUUUGCUGAACACUAUGGCAUUGCGGAUGAGCCCGGAGUAAAAGGCCACCAUAUUAGGGGUAUUUUAGGUCUCCCUCGAUCGAUGCUAUCUAAGAACCUGCAAUCGUCUCUGUCCGACUCCGAAUCUCUCAACUUCAAGUCCGAUUUUGAUCGUCUCUGGAAGUCGUCCUUCUUUAGGUUGACUGCGGAGCCGCCUGACGUGAGCGAAGAAAAGCUCUCCCGAUGCACUUCGCUCUUCUUCCUUCUCGUAGAACUCGAUCGCCCCGAGCUCACGCCACACUUUCUCCAUAACGGAAUCGACGAUCGAGCACUGCCAUUGGAUAGGGCUACGUUAUGCGGGAAGAUUGGGGACGCAUCAGCGACUGGACCCCAGAGGUGCAACUUCACCGCAGACGCCUGGGCGAAAUUUACGAACGACUUCCUGGCCAAGCAAUACCGAUGGUGCCCCGUUAGGCUAGAACUAAACUUGGAGCGAAGAGAUGUCGGAAGACAGGUCCUGCCAUUCUACGAAAAAAUGCCGAUUACGCCACAGGACAGACCGUCCGCAAAUGGCUCAGCCUUGUGGAUGAUUGAAGUUCCCGAAGAUUUUGUGGGAGAACAACUGGCGAACAAGCUUAAAGAUGCUAAACGAUCGCGAUUUUUAACGAUGCCCUCUGGGGAAUCUGGGGAAGAGACUGUUUACCGCUUCUGUCUCAAACAAUUCCCGCCAGAUAGGAGUGAAGCCUUCGAAAAGGAGCGGGUCGCACUCAAAGCCCUUAGGGGGUUGGACGGGAUUGUGCAGUACAUCGGCUGGUAUGAAUGCAUUGCCCAGGCUGCGGAAAUGCCUCCCCAGACUUUGCCCAGUCCUUCCCCCUGUAUCUUGCUUGAACUCGCGACCGGCGACUUCAACGAGGCCAUGAUAGACGAACUCCCACCAACUCUGCCAGACGAAAUCAAAAGGUUCUGGGAGGAGCUCGUCCACAUAUCCGAAGCACUAGUGAGCAUUCAUACGUUUAAAAUUGAUGGAACUGUGUAUCAUGGAUGGCAUGGAGAUAUCAAGCCCGAAAAUAUCCUCUACUUCAAUAGUAAAUACAAACUUGCCGAUCCAGGAGAGUCUCGCAUCAAGAGAGAAACCACGACAGAUGCCCGAAGCCACCCUCCUCGAACUAUUGCUCGAGGUGGGACCAGAACGUUUGCCGCCCCGGAAAAGGCAGCCUACUUCGAUACAAAGAACUCGGACGGCGUGAGAACAAGAAUUCUACAGACAAGCGAUGUAUGGUCGUUGGGUUGUGUCCUAUCGGUGGCGGCUACGUACGUUACGCAUGGCGUGCAGGGCCUGCGAACCUAUAGUAAACUACGCGCCCGUGAGAUCAAGGCACUUACGGACUGCACGCCAACUGCUGGGGAUGCAUUCCACGACGGAACAAGAGUAUUACCAGCAGUUACAGAGUGGCACGCAUUUCUUCGGUCGAUACGCGGGCAUUCGGAUGUUUUGACCGACAAGGUCCUGGACAUGGUAGAUGAGGAGAUGCUUCUUCCAGAAGAUAAGAGAUCAGACGCGAUUCGAAUCAGAGACAGGUUCAAACGGAUCCUUAGCGAAGCUGUUCUCCCGCCCGCUGAUUUCCGUCUUGUCCGCCGUUUCCUACAAGAUAUUGACAUGGAAGCGGAGGUUCUGCCGCGACGCCGCAGUUCGCUCCCGGGUCGAGCAAAUGGUUCAAUUGAAGAUCAACCUGCGGGCUUAGACCUCGAUGCGAAGAAUGACCCCCGCGUUGGAACCUCAGAGGAGAAGCUUCAUUCUAUCCCGGUCAAGCCUACAGCUCAGCGCCUUCAUCCUAGGCCAAUGUCUCCGAGACAAGUCGCGGGCGAGAUUCAGCCCCUGCGGACGGUGUACACCGACCCGCCAGAUGCCAGAAUCACAAGCGUUGGGUUGAGAGACGCGAUGUCGCAGACGACGACCGAUACGACAAAGCCAACCCUGGCCAUCGUCACCAACGGCCAGGAAAGACUCCCUCUUGACGGCCAUGUUUUCUCGCCAAACAUCCCGGUCCAAAAUCUGCACCAGGCCCAGGCGGAAUUGGAAAAAAUUGGAAUGGGUCGGGACUUGGGCCGGACGAAAAGCCUACUAAACCUUCGCAAGAACCUGAGGAAAAAGGAGGUAUCCGUGAGAGGCAAGAUGCCGCUUGACCCGAUAGAGUAUUGUUUCAAAGGUCGUGACAUUCUCUUCCUGGUGGAUAACGGCAUAACUAUGGAACCGCAUUGGCCGGAAGCCUGCAAACUCCUCCGAGCUCUGACUUGGAGAUUACUGAAGUACGAUGAUGACGGCAUGGAACUCUACUUCACCGAUCCCAUCGCCGAGGUAGUCCCACCGCGUCGUAAUGAAGAAGUGAAUGACUUUGUGAGAGCUAUGGAAAAGGCCUGUCCAUCAAGUCAAAGAGCCCACAAAACGGACAUCGUACCGAUGCUGAAGCAACUCAUGAACAAAUACGCCAUCGAUGUGUGCGGACAUGGGCUACAUGCUAAAAAGAAAACGAUCAUUGUUCUUACAGAUGGCAUAUGGCAGGGCUCGUCGCAUACAAGAGUCUUCGACUUCUUUCAAUACGAGCUGAAAAGCUUGGAACAAUGGUAUCAGCCGCCAAACACAAUCGGGCAGCUUUCUCUGGAAGCUAGAAGGGAAGCGCUCAGAACGGAACGCCCUAUAUCUGUCCAAUUUGUCCAGUUUGGAUCGGACGCAGCCGCAACGAGCCUACUUCAGCAGCUGGAUGAGGAUUUUGCCAGAGCCGGUUACAUUGACAUGAUCGAUACCGAGCCCAGCGGUGGAGAUUUCUACAAGAUCAUAAUGGGCAGCAUAGACGAGAGCAUGGAUUCGAAGCUGAGUGGUGCUACGCUCCCGUCCCGAAUAACCAGUCCGCAAAGCCCCUACAACGGCCGAACCAACCUUACCGGGGGACCCAACCACGGGUCAGCCCCUUAUACCCCGAUUAUCCGACAAAGAAGCUUUCCCUACUCUCUUGGUCAAGUGCCACGGAACUUGCCGAUCAUCGAUCCGGCGAGCAUCCUCUUAGGCCGCCCUCAGAAUAGCCACGGAAGAUCUAAUUCUACUCUCGGAGACUACUAUCGUCACAGCGCAGAAACGACGACGACCCUAUCACGCCCUCAUGAGAGCCGCCCCGCCAGCCACACGCCGUUCCAGGUGGCACACGCUGAGUACAGAGAUGAGGUAGAGAACACCAGGAGAUAUACAGAGGGGGAUAAUUCGAGUUCCUCCGUGGAGCAUAAUAAUUACCCUUAG